AUGACCACAGCUGUACUAACUGAUGACCUAGUGGUGGAGAUAUUGUCUGGGCUGCCGCUUAAGUCUUUUUGCCGUUUCAAAUGUGUCUCCAAGUCUUGGAUUGCCUUCUCAUCUGAUCCGCACUACCGCCAGAAGCUCCCCAGACCUCCCGUCGGUCUCCUGUACCAAAAAAGAGAGCAUGACCCUGCCAUCCAUCUUGCGGGCCUUCCCUCAAGUGACAGGGAUAUUGACACAACACUUAGCUUUGUGCCAUGUUAUGAGCAUCCCUUAAAGCUUCAGGAUUGCAGCAAUGGCUUACUUCUUUGUUAUCAUGGUGAUACGUACUAUAAAGAAAUUUUUGACGCGAUCGUGUGCAAUCCAGCAACUAAAGAGUGGAUGGCACUUCCAGAUACUGAACCUGGACUAGCCGUCUCAUUUUCUGUUCUCAGGUUGUGUUUUGAUCCAUUAUGGUCUCAACACUUCUAUGUCUUCAAAUUUGAGUCAAGCUCGAGCCCAAAUGGUGGAUAUGACACUGAAGUUAAGGUAUUUUUCUCCGAGGAUUCCACAUGGUCUAGUUGUCUUUGGGAAACUAGUGAUGCAUUUACUGGUGCUUGGCUCUUCGUAAAUGGGGUGUUGUAUGUGGAGCACUUAUGGAGGCAUUACCUUCUGGCACUCGAUGCACCUGACACAUGCACACAGCAGCUCAAUCAUAGGACCAUUCAGUUGCCAGGGUUUCCAUAUGGAGUAGAUCAGAUGUUUUAUUGCUUUGACGGGCGUCUUUGGCAGUCAUCUGGAGUCUUAUGCUAUGCACAACAAGAAUUGGAUGGUUGCAUGAUCCGAAUUUGGAGUUUGGAAGAAUCUGAUAGGUGGGUGGUGAAGCAUCGUCUAAAUAUGAACAAUGUAUUUGGGAGGGACAUAAUGCUCCAUACUAACAAUGAAGGAUUAUGGUACUUUGAUUAUGAAAUCCUGGCAUUUGACUUGGAGAGAGAGCUAGUUUUCCUUGCUGACACAAUUGCUGAUAAUAAGAUCAUCUCAUAUAGCAUCAGUACUGGAAAGGGCUCGCAGAUUCUAAACAUUCCAAGGAAAAUGAUGAAUUCGGAUGGUUCGUCAGAUGAGGAGUAUGGAAACACGGAGCUUGAUGAAGUAAUGCAAAAGGAGUCCUUAGAUUCGUCGGAGUCGAACGAAGAUGUUGUGAUGAUGAUGAUCAUGAGCAUCCAAGAGGAAAUGGGCAGGGAAGUGAGACACGUUUUGAACUUUAAGGAUUAG